AUGUUCAGAACGGCAUCAAGAGUUGCAUCCAACAAGGUUGUGAUGCUGACUGUGGCUGGUGCCGGUCUUGGAGCCUCGUACAUCCUUUACCAGGACUCCAUGACCGCCUCUGCCAUGACCGCUGCUGAGCACGGUCUCCAUGCUCCUGCCUUCGAGUGGCCCUCGAACGGUAUGUUCUCCACAUUCGACCACGCCUCCAUCAGAAGAGGUUUCCAGGUCUACAGAGAGGUUUGCGCUGCCUGCCACUCUUUGGACAGAAUUGCCUGGAGAAACUUGGUUGGUGUCUCCCAUGCCACCUCUGAGGCCAAGGCCAUGGCCGAGGAGCUCGAAUACGACGACGAGCCCGAUGAUGAGGGUAAGCCCAGAAAGAGAAUCGGUAAGUUGGCCGACUACCUUCAAGGCCCAUACGAGAAUGAGCAAGCCGCCAGAGCCGCUAACCAGGGUGCUUUGCCUCCUGACUUGUCCUUGAUUGUCAAGGCUAGACACGGUGGUGCCGACUACAUCUUCUCCCUUUUGACUGGUUACCCAGAGGAGCCACCAGCUGGUGUCACCUUGCCUCCAGGAUCUAACUACAACCCAUACUUCCCAGGUGGUGCUAUUGCCAUGGGUAGAGUGUUGUUCGACGACUUGGUUGAGUACGAGGACGGCACUCCUGCCACCACCUCGCAGAUGGCCAAGGACGUUUCUCAUUUCUUGAACUGGGCUUCUGAGCCUGAGCAUGACGACAGAAAGAGAUGGGGUCUCAAAGCACUCAUCAUCACCUCUUCUCUCUACUUGUUGUCUGUCUGGGUCAAGAAGUUCAAGUGGCAGCCAAUCAAGAACAGAAAGAUCACUUUCAACCCACCAAAGAGGCGCUAA